AUGGCUGAGUCACUAGGAGCUGAAGGAGGCUUUGACUACAAAACAGGAAAUUUCUCCAGUUGGGUGGAAAAUGUUACAAAUGGUACUUGUUGUUCUGGCUAAAAAUGAUUCCUAAACUUGCUAAGAAUUAUGUACUGUGGAUGUACGCAUCACCUAUAUUUUUUUUAUUACAGUCGAACCCUACUUUACAGACAUCUUCCUAAUAUGGACACCUUGUUACUAUGGAUAGUUUUCCUUGUACCUAGUCCUUAUAUUUUCUCUAAAUUCAGCCCACUUAACACGGACACCGCGUUAAUAUAGGGACACUUUCUAUGGCCCCCUAAGUGUCUGUAUUAACAGAGUUUGACUGUAGUUUAAAAUUUACAAGCCAGCUUACAGGGCUAGAAGUUUUUGUUAAUUUGUUCUUUGCUUGACUGAAAUUCUAAGCCUGUUCUUUCCCUAAAUGCUCAAAAGCUUCUGUUGCUAAUGGAUACAAAGAGGUGUGGCAAAGUAACAAGCACACAAACAUAACUUGCUUUGAAACUCAAUCUUGAUCUGAUUGUUGAAGUUCCCACUAAAGGUUCCUUACAAAGUCUUAGGGGACUAAAAUACCUAUUCUAACAUCCCACCCCCAUGGCAUUAUAAUCAACCCAAAAAAUAAGAAAAUGAAAAUAAGAAAAGAAAUAAAUAAAGAAAAAAAAUUUGCUUAACUGGAGUUUGUAUGCUUAAAUUAAGAUCUAUUAUUGUUUUAUUUUCUUCUAGGUCGAGGAGCAAAUGUCAUCCUUGAUUGUGUGGGAAGCUCAUUUUGGGAACAGAAUAUAAAGAGUCUUGCUGUUGAUGGUCGUUGGAUCUUGUAUGGUCUUUUGGGUGGCAGUAAUGUCUCAGGUGACCUCCUCAGGGACAUCCUAAGGAAAAGAGCUUCACUUAUAGGAACGACACUGAGGAGUAGA